AAUGUGUCUUUGUCUUAAAACUGAUUGAAAGCACUCACUGAACCAUAGUCAGUGUCUACAGAGGGAGGGACAGCAGAAGGUUGGCUACUAUGCUGUGUCUUGUCAAUCUAAUAUGUUGGACUAUCUUCCUGGUAUUAGGGGCAUCACAUGGAGUGACAGAGGAGAACAAUCAGGAUGUCUGCCAGGAGGAACAGUACAUUGAUGAGCUCUCGGUGAAGUCGUCUACAGGCCAGGAGGUCCUUUUAGAGAUGAAAGACAUAAAUGAAACCUUCAUCUGCCUCCUUUACCCAACUUAUCUACUCAACUGCUCCUGGUCCUUCCUCACUGAAGAGGAGGACACUCAGCUUUCUGUCACCAUCAGUAUUUGUGAUGGUAACACACCAGUUCAGUCUCCGAGUUAUUCGUCUGUGGAAAGAGUCGGAUCGAGGACUUUAACUCAGCAGCAGCUCAACAAUCUACAGGUAGUGCUUCAGUUUAACAUGUCUUGGCCUGACAAGUGGAAAGUCUACAGCUACAAAUACGACAGCCAAAUGUUGGAGUUCCUGCCACCACCCACAAACGUCUCUGCGACAGUCACAAAUGGAAGUCUUGUGGUGAAGUGGGCUCUGCCCCACGACCAAUCACACCCAAUGUGCUUUGAAUACCAGCUGGACCUGGGUGAUCAGGAAGCACCUAGACAUUUGGGAGCCCAGCUCUCUUACACAGAGCUGAGCGCAGAUCCCACUCACACCUACAGAGUGAGGAUAAGGAUGAGGAGGAACAGUGGAUGCAUUGGAUCGGCUCAGUGGGGUGAAUGGAGUCCCACUGUCACGGUGGAACAACCAUGCAGACUCAACAUUCUGUUGAUGGUCACAUUGUCGUUUGGUAUACCCAUGAUCCUCCUGGCCGUGCUGUUGUUGAUGCGACAGCAAAGGCUUUCUACUCUUCUGUUUCCUCCGAUUCCACGCCCCCCGUCCAAGUACAUGCAUUUCCUGGAAAAAAGUGACACAUUCAGUUUCCCCUACCCGGCCCUGCCAUCCAAGACCGAGGAGGAGAUCACGAAGGUGGAAGUCGCAGAGGAGAACCCAGAGACUUUUAAAAGCAUGAACAUGACCAGGACACAUUCUAAUCUGUGAACCUCUGCAGAGGGAAUGUCUGACUCUGUGUGUGUGUGUGUGUGUGUGUCUUUGUAUCGGAAAUGUUUUUUGUCAAUGUUCAGACAUUUAAAAAAAGAAAGAGGAUUUAGUUCAAUCACGCGCUGUUCGAAAACAGCUUUGAUGAAUCGCCCUUCUCUUUGCCUGAACUGUGAAUCUAGUGCUUCUUGGAAAUGUGUUUCUUGCACAUGAAAUAAAGUGGAGUGAUACAUUGUUA